UGAUUCAGCCCUGCUACGUUACCGUAGACGCUUCGGUGGAAAACGGCCCUCUUUUAAAGUUCCUAGGGGGAAAAAGAGUGAAAGGGGACCCGGACGAAAACCUUAAGGAAAAAAGGGGCCACGCUUGAGCUCGGAGGAUACACAUCCACACCGCAUUUCAUCCUAGGACGACUGUCGACGAAACUGAACACAAGGUGCAACACGGAAACACAUCAAGGUCUCGACUGAACGUCAGAAAAUAAAGAAAAUGGCGGAGCCAGACAAAUUAAACAUCGACUCUAUAAUUCAGCGUCUCUUGGAAGUCAAGGGCUCUCGACCGGGGAAGAAUGUCCAGCUGACAGAGGGGGAGAUCCGAGGCCUUUGCCUAAAGUCCCGUGAAAUCUUCCUGAGCCAGCCUAUCCUGCUCGAGCUCGAAGCUCCCCUCAAAAUCUGCGGUGAUGUCCAUGGUCAGUACUAUGAUCUGCUCCGGCUGUUUGAAUAUGGAGGCUUCCCCCCAGAAAGCAACUACCUGUUCCUGGGUGACUAUGUAGACAGAGGGAAGCAGUCACUGGAGACUAUCUGCCUGCUUCUAGCCUACAAGAUCAAAUAUCCAGAGAACUUUUUCCUCCUGCGUGGAAACCAUGAAUGCGCCUCUAUUAAUCGAAUCUACGGCUUUUAUGACGAGUGUAAGCGACGGUAUAACAUUAAGCUGUGGAAGACCUUCACAGACUGCUUCAACUGUUUACCUGUGGCUGCCAUUGUAGAUGAGAAAAUCUUCUGCUGUCACGGAGGCCUCUCUCCUGAUCUUCAGUCUAUGGAGCAGAUCCGCAGAGUAAUGCGACCCACAGACGUGCCUGACCAGGGUUUGUUGUGUGACCUGCUGUGGGCUGAUCCAGACAAAGACGUGCUGGGCUGGGGUGAAAACGACCGUGGUGUCUCCUUCACAUUCGGGGCAGAUGUGGUGGCCAAAUUUUUGCACAAACACGACAUGGACCUAAUAUGCAGGGCGCACCAGGUGGUAGAAGAUGGUUAUGAGUUUUUCGCGAAGAGGCAACUCGUCACCCUAUUCUCGGCUCCCAACUACUGUGGAGAGUUUGACAACGCCGGUGCCAUGAUGAGUGUGGAUGAAACACUCAUGUGCUCCUUCCAGAUUCUGAAGCCAGCAGAUAAGAAAUUGUAUCCUUACGGUGGAGGGGGAGGAAUGGGAUCUGGAAGGCCGGUCACCCCGCCGCGAAAUUCAGCCAAGGCUGCCAAGGCCAAGAAAUAACACCCGCUGGGCCCCCCUCCCACAACCUGCCACACCCCCCUGUCGGCCCAACGCUCUCUUUUCCUCUACCUCCCAAACUUGUUUCUCCCUCGUCACCAAAUGGCAACAAAGCAGACAAGUGUCCAGGGUUCAAUCAUGUCUUUUCUCUCUAAAAUUAUUUUUAACUGUUUGUUUGCAAUUUUUUGUGUGUCUGGAAAAAAAAAA